AUGAGCCUCAGUAUGAACGUGGACGCUGGCGGUGAUCAAAUCCGAGCUCAUGCGGAGCGGUUGCUGAGCGAGGUGAAGGAAGAGAAUUUGGCGGAGUUCCUCCACACGCUGCACCACCUCCACUCCCCUCCACCGACGUCUCCCCAAUAUGCACCUCUGGGUAUAAAGCCCCUCGACGACAUACUCCGCAUCUCCCACUCCUUAUCACAUACAUCCACCACAUACACACCCCGCCAGCCCGUUCUCGAAAUCACCUCCCCGUCCUCCGCAGACGGCAAGACCCAUCUGCUCUACUACAUCACCGCCGUCGCUGUCCUACCAGGUACAUACCGCAACGUCGCUCUUCCCGGCCGUAAUAGCGCCAUCGUAUAUCUCGAUACCGAUUGCCGGUUCGAUGCCGUAAGACUGCGUGAGGUCGCGAAGGGGAUUGUGCUGGAGAGGGCGGUGGAGCAGGGGAUAUCGUUGCCUGUGACUGGAAGCCAUUACGAAGGUGGGAAUGGAGACGGAGAUGGAGAUGACGAUAUUGAUCAAUUGCUGCAUACCGCCCUUUCUCACGUUCAUAUCUUUCGCCCGCAAUCUUCUGCGUCUCUCUUGGCUACGAUACAGAGUAUAGAACACUAUCUGCUUCGUGGCACGGGCACGAUAGAGGGGGAAGGGGAGGGGAUGCAUAAACAUGCCUCGCAUUCCCGUCCACUCCACUCCAUCCUGCUCGAUAGUGCCAGCGCAUUUUACUGGCAGGAUAGACGGGAGAUGGAAGUUCUUAGCAUUCCUGGCGUGCGCGAGGAGAGGGCGCGGUGGGCCCAGGUCCAGAAUCAGAAUCAGGACCACAAUGAUACGGAGACAAAUACGGCCACCGUCCAAUCUCUGCUCCCACGCCAAAUCAUCCACGCCCUCCGCUCCCUACAGCAUACUUUCUCCUGUCCGCUCGUUUUCACCACGUGGGGGUUACUGCGGGCCAAGCCGCGCACAUCCUACAGCACAUCUCAUGUGGUCCCUGCAUCAACAACUUGUACUCCGCUGUACACAUCCCAUCGGCCUUCCAUUCGGCCACACCUACCCAGACCGUGGGCCUCGUUCCCUACGUGUAGAGUUAUUGUGCAGCGGGAUGUUCUAAGCGGGAGGCGCGAGAGAGGCAGAGAGUUGUGA